GGGGGAAGGAGGGGAGGAGCUGGGUCAGAGCGGGGCACUGGGGACUCAGCCCUGUGCUGGAGAGCAGCAGGAGGACCAGCGUAGAGCCAGGAGAGCAAAGAGGCUGCCUGAUCGAGGUGUCUGUCUGGAGCAGAUUCUGCGGACACCAUCUCCUACUGUCUGUGAGGGAGACCCCAGUUAUUUCCUUAGCUGUUUCAGCCAAGCCCUCCCGGCUUUUGUGGCCACCUCCCCAGGCAAGGUGUGGGGCUUCCAUCCGCUGAGAAAGGUACUUGCAGAGCCAUGAAGAAGCGGUAUGUGGUGCUGGCCCUGCUGGCCGUGGUCCUAGUGAUCUUCAUCAUCAUCCUGUGCCUUUGCCUGCUCUUGACCUCCAAGCCACAGAGUCACGUCUACCCCAGGGCAGCUGUGGCCACAGAUGCCAAGUAUUGCUCAGAGAUCGGGAGGGACAUGCUGAGGGACGGUGGCUCGGCGGUGGAUGCUGCCAUUGCGGCCCUGCUGUGUGUGGGGCUCAUGAACGCCCACAGCAUGGGCAUCGGGGGCGGCCUGUUCCUCACCAUCUACAACAGCACCACGCGAAAAGUUGAGAUCAUCAACGCCCGUGAGGUGGCCCCUGGGCUGGCCUCCGAAGGCAUGUUCAACAGCCCGGAGCAGUCACAGAAAGGGGGGCUGUCGGUGGCAGUUCCCGGUGAGAUCCGAGGCUAUGAGUUGGCCCACCAGCGGCAUGGGCGGCUGCCCUGGGCUCACCUCUUUCAGCCCAGCAUCCAGCUGGCCCGCCAGGGCUUCCCUGUGGGGAAGGGCUUGGCGGCAGCCCUGGAGAAAGACAGGGCUGUCAUCGAGGAACAGCCUGCACUGUGUGAGGUGUUCUGCCGGGAUGGGAAGGUGCUGCGGGAGGGGGACAGACUGACCAUGCCGCAGCUGGCCAACACGUACGAGACGCUGGCCUUGGAGGGAGCCCAGGCCUUCUACAACGGGAGCCUCACAGCCCAGAUUGUCAAGGACAUCCAGGAGGCUGGGGGCAUUAUGACCACCGAGGACCUGAACAACUACCGUGCUGAGCUGAUAGAGCAGCCACUGAACAUCAGCCUCGGGGACGCCCAGCUCUAUGUGCCCAGUGCCCCACUCAGUGGGCCGGUGCUGGCUCUCAUCCUCAACAUCCUCAAGGGGUACAACUUCUCCCCAGCGAGUGUGGAGACACCCGAACAGAAGGGUCUCACCUACCACCGCAUCGUGGAGGCCUUCCGGUUUGCCUAUGCCAAGAGGACCCUGCUUGGGGACCCCAAGUUUGUCAAUAUGAUGGAGGUGGUCCGCAACAUGAGCUCCGAGUUCUUUGCCGCCCAGCUCCGGGCCCGGAUCUCUGAUGAUACCACUCACCCGUUCCCCUACUAUGAGCCUGAGUUCUACACGCCUGAUGAUGGUGGCACUGCCCACCUGUCCGUGGUCGCAGAGGACGGCAGCGCUGUGUCGGCCACCAGCACCAUCAACCUCUACUUCGGUUCUAAGGUACGAUCACGGGUCAGUGGGAUCCUCUUCAAUGAUGAAAUGGAUGACUUCAGCUCCCCCAACAUCACCAACCAGUUCGGGGUGCCCCCCUCACCAGCCAACUUCAUCAAACCAGGGAAGCAGCCACUCUCAUCCAUGUGUCCAGCGAUCAUCGUGGGCCGGGAUGGCCAGGUCCGCAUGGUGGUGGGUGCCUCCGGGGGCACGAAAAUCACCACAGCCACUGCGCUGGCCAUCAUCCAUAGCCUGUGGUUUGGCUACGAUGUGAAGCGGGCAGUAGAGGAGCCCCGACUGCACAACCAGCUUCUGCCUAACACCACGACCCUGGAGAAAGACACUGACCAGGCGGUGGUUGCAGCCCUGAAGACCCGGCACCACCACGCUGAGGUCACUUCCAACUUCAUCGCUGUGGUACAGGCCAUUGUCCACACGGCUGGUGGCUGGGCAGCUGCCUCAGAUUCCAGGAAAGGCGGGGAGCCUGCUGGCUACUGAGUACUCAGGGCGGGCAAGGCUGACUGGUGACCUAAGGAUGAGAUGUCCGCUGGGACCAAAGUGGGACUUUAAGGGGAUUUGCUUCCCCUGUGAGUGACAAAGCAGUGCAAUAAAUGGGGGCCACACCAUCAGGCUCUGGGCAGCCUUGCCAGCCAGGCUCCCAUAUCCCUGGACCUCA